AUGCGAGUCUUUGAGACAAACUGCAAGUUCAUACAAUUGGCCCACAUGAAACUAUUAUUACCACAGGGUAUUUCAGGAGGACUAUCCUCAUGUGCUCCCCUCCGUCAGGUAACGGCAGCCAGAUUUCUUCGUCUAGGAAUGCCUCUCUCCACUAGAGGCACACACCAUUCAACAUCAACAAAUAAUUCCAAAGUGGCAAAACUAGCUGGGGGUAUAGAGAGAAAAUAUGAUGAUAGGUUACAUAAACUGAUAUCUAAAUCCAAGGUAUUAACGAAAUUGAACUCGAAUCCUAAGUUCUCGCACUAUUUUGAUCGCAUAUCUGAGGCAGGCACCCUUUCCACAUUCGCCUCAUUUUUGUUAAUUCAUGAACUAACUGCUAUUCUGCCGUUACUUUUAUUGUGGUGGGUCUUUUAUAGCUUAGAUAUUCAUGAUGGACAUGAUUUACCACAUGUUUUCCAGAAUUUGGUGGACCAAUGUGGGAAGGCAAUCAACAAGCUCGUCGGAGAUAAGUAUAAUGAUACACUGGACAAGGGAAGAUUGGUUAUUGCCGGUACACUAGCAUAUGCUAUCGUGAAGCUAUUGUACCCUGUAAGGAUCCUCUUCAGUAUAUGGGGAGCACCCUAUGUCGGGAAAUGGUUACUGCUUCCCUUCUAUAAGCUUAAAUCUUUCAGAAAAUAG